CCAUUUUUUGUUUCAGGUGUGUGUGCAGGAGUCAAAUACAAGGGAGUGACAGUCAUCACUGUAGCAGCUGACUGUAAGAGCAUGUUUCCAUUACUGUGCCAAAUCCUGAAGGCUCUUUUCUACAGUCCAGAGCGCUCGGUGUACCAGGGGGUGUUGCAGACUAGCGUCACUACAGCUCUCGGGACUAUACAGAUCAUGGCAGGUCUGUUCAACAUUGGACUUGGGCCAGGACGAACAAGCACAAAUCCUGGAGAUUUGACAAGUUUAGGAGCUGCUUACUGGCUGGGUGCUGUGUUCAUUGUAACUGGAAUCAUGUCCAUUUUGGCCGGACAGUUCCCUUCUCCCUGCUUGGUGGGCUUCACUGUGUUCAUGAACAUUGCUGGAGCUAUCUUUGCCAUUACUGGCAUUGUGCUGUAUGCCAUAGACCUGGGAGAUGCAUCUCUACUCUGGAUGUGUGACAGCAGAAGGAACAGUACUGAUCAUUACGGUGAUAACUGCAGAAAUGUGGCGCUCUUUGCCCAGAAUUUGUUGACAUCCAUGGACGUGACGCUGAUCGCCCUGGCUGUUCUUCAGCUCUGUGUCAAUAUUAGGUUGGCUAUAUUGGGCAUCAGAGCUUUGACCAGUGAGAUGAAAAAGGAACAGGAUGUUGAAGAUCAGCUGCCACAGAUGAAGGAAGUCAUCCUGAGCAGUACUGGUGCUUAUCUCAUUUACAUGUCCAUCACUGUUGUCAAAGACAAGGGAGUGACAGUGGUCACGGUGGCGGAUGAUGGUCAGAGCAUGUUCCCACCACUGUGCCAAAUCCUCAGGGGUCUUUGCUGCAGUCCGAUGUGCUGCUCAGUGUACAAGAGGCUGUUGCAGAGCAAUGUGGUUUCAGCUCUUGGGACUAUACAAAUCAUGGUGGGCCUUUUCAACAUUGGACUUGGGCCAGGACGAACAAGCACAGCCUUUAAGGAUUUUUAUUUGGGAGCUGCUUACUGGCUGGGUGUUGUGUUCAUCGCAGCCGGAAUUAUGUCUGUUCUUGCCGGCCGGUACUCCUCUCUUUGCUUAGUGGGCUUCGCUGUGUUUGUGAACAUAGUCGGGUCCAUCUCCGCCAUCGUUGGCGUUGUGCUAUAUGCCAUAGACCUGGGCGAUGUGUCUGUCACCAAUAUGUGUGACGGGAGCAGAUACAAUGCUGAUGACUGCAGACUUGUGGCGUACCUUGCCCAGCGUUUGUUGACCGCCAUGGACAUUACGCUGAUCGUCUUGGCUGUUCUCCAGCUGUGUGUCUGCAUAAGUUUUGCUGUUCUGGGCAUCAAGGCUCUGGUCAAUAGGAAGACGGAAGAGGAUGGCAGAGAUGUUGAGCUUACCCAGCCAGUGUUGAAGGAAGUCCUUGCCUAAAAUAAAUACAUCCAAUCAAAAAGAUGAAUAAGUAUGAAUAAGCAACACAUCUUUGUAAUCCUUGUAAUAAUUUUUUAAAACAUAUAUCAGCUGAAAAUGACAAAAAAAAACUACUUCAGUAAGACACUACAAUUCAUGUUAAAAAGAAAAUUCACUCUGGAGUUUGUGAAUGGAAAUGUAUGAAACAUUUUUUCUAUUGGUGGUGAAUGUUGCAAAGCAAACACGAUUGAAUAAAUAGUGGUAAGAAUGGUGAAAACUGUACAUUGUUUAUUCACUUCACUGAAGAAAUAUCUGGGCAAAUACACUUUCUUUCUGAGAGUGAGAUGAAAACGUUGAUAUGUCUGUCUCGGGGAAGUGAGUAUAGCCUAACUUAGCAUAAAGCCUGCAGGGGGAAAAGGCUAGCCAAAUGCACACCUACCAACACCUCUAAAGCUCAGUAAUUAACAUGUUGAAUGUCAUUUGUUUAAUUGGUGCACAAGCAAAGAUGUAAAAAUGUUGAUGUUAGGCUCCUAUUUGUAAUUCCGAGGGACGGAUAUCAAGAAUUUUCAUUGGUAAUUUCUAACAUCAGUAAACAAAGUAUUAGCAGACAGCUUGAAAAAAAUGCUGGUAAGCCACCAACACUGAUCUAAAUAAAGUCCACAAUACAACUAAAUUAGCUAAUCUUGGCUAUUAUAAUUGUUUGACUUUUGGUUCAGGUCUUUUCAUUCAUUUGAUUCAUUAUCUCUGUUUUUCAGUAUUUUCUCUUGAGAGUAAAAUCUUUGAAAGCUGCCCAAAUAUACAAUACAUGGGUUAGGCUGUUGAAUUUUCUGUGAAUUACAUUGUUUUUCUGGUCCACUGUUGUGGUCCUGACUAAAAUAUCUCAACUAUUAAAUGGAUUGUCAUGAAGUUUUGUACAAGAGGCUGCAGUUUGUGGUGCUGUUGAGUUGUAUUGCAUUAUACAGAGAUGUGUUUCUGUUAUUUAGCCUACCCUCAUUGAAAUGAAGAUGGUGGACAAAAUAAUAAAAAC